ACGUGAUUCGUUAGCGAUUGUAGCGCCAUUGCCAUACGCCAUUGCGCAGUGUUGUGUAACGUGAUUGUUUUCUUAUCAUUAUUUAUUAUUUUAGUUGACUCAUGAAUGAAAAAAUGGAAAUCAAACAAUCAUUCAUUGUUGUGGAAUUUCCCAACGAAAAAACUGUAGCUGGUACCACCCCAAUGUCAGUAAUUCCCGAAACAUGGCUUACUCCAAAUAAAAAAAAUUGCUACUGGCCGUUCUAUCUGCGUACAGAUGCUGCAAUUAACAAGGCAAUCUUUAAUUAUGCUGCGCCAAAUGUACCCCAAUGUGCCAAGUGUCCCAUAGUGGUGAAGUAUAGAACAGGUUACUAUCAAAAGGCCAAGGACAAAAUGGAGGUUUUGGAAAAUGCCUCAAGUGUAUCUUCGGACAGCGAUGUUUCAAGUCGGCGUACCCCGAAGCCGAACUCACAAUUGGACGACUACAUCCAGAAUUUUUCAGACGACGAUGCAGAUGGAAUACCAACUGUACCGCCACCCAACAUUGUAAGAAUAGAAACACAUCAAACCCCACGACCAUUAGACCAUUUUGAGUAUGUCGAACAAAACACCUUGAGAGCAUCUCCUUCAGUUCAAUCGUCAUAUAUGCAUAAUUCUGCCGUCGCCCCCAGUAUGACCAUUAAUCUAGAACCGAGCACAUCGAGGACAUAUGGACCGACGGGUAUCCGGCGCAGCCCGUCCAUACAUACAGUAUCGCUUAAUAGUAGCUCAGUAAUGGAUAUUUUGCAAGGAAUCUUAAAGACACAGGAGCAAAUGAGAAAAGAUAUAAGGCACAUUUUACAUAUCCAACUGCAAAAUAAUGAAGGGAAUCACUCGAAUUUUAUAAGUGAUGAAAAAUGGAGAACAGUUUCUACAAUUGAAGAAUUAAAGGAACUGAAUAAAAAAUUAAAUUCGGCCGAGAAUAUGACUGAGGCAAUUAAGACACUACAACUGAUUGGGGGGAAAGAUUUAUCCGACACUUGUAAAAGAGUGUUGGGUAAAAUACUUUCAAACAACGAAAUAGUCGAACAGUCAAAGUCUAUGGUCACGAUUUUGGGAAAACCCGAGGUCAACGUCCCCGAGACCAAAGUCCAAUGCCACGACCUUGAGGAAAACCCGAUCCCACCAUUUGAUUUUACAGAGUUAACUUGUUUCGAAUGCGAAUGCGUACUAAUUUCAGAUAGUUUGCGGAUGCCGGAUGUACCAGCGUGCGCGCGGGUUAAACCGUAA